CGCUUUCAGGAGCAGACAUGAAGUAGUCACAUUCGAAAUGUAUCGAAAUCUGGAGGAAUGCGAUGCAGUCAUUCUACAGCAUACUGCUCUCAACCCGUUAAAAGCGUCAGUUUUUCUGAAGGAAUCCGUCCAUGCGAAGCCUGGGGUUGUUCUUGCUUCCGUGUGUUGUCGCGGUUGUGGUUCAUAUCUUGCUGGUGACAGACAGAGCCGCUUUCUUGUUGGAUUUCAAGGUUUCAGAUGAGGCUUCGACUCAUGAGGUGUUGGUGGGAGUCUUAUCCGCCCGGCAUCACUAUGACCUCAGGCAGGCAAUAAGGAACACUUGGUUUGGUUAUCUCAAGGAGCAUCCUCACUUCCACAAGCGUGUGCAGGUGAAGUUUAUCAUUGGUCAGCAUGGCUGUCUGAUUCCGGAGGAGGACAGGGAGGACCCUUACUCCUGCUCCCUCCUGAACCUCACAGAGAAAGCGGUGGGAGAGGAGAUGGCCAUACUCAGCGUGCCCGAGGCCUCGGCGCUGACCCUGGCGGCGGACAUCUCGUCGGUCAGCCUGGACUUCAAGGUGCUGCACCCCGUGGUCAUCACGCAGCUGGGGGUCUUCACCAACAGCCCCCGCCAGGAGUUCCGAGGCAACGUGACCGUCAGGCUCUUUCAAGUGGACCAGGAGGAGGCGGUGGUCACGGCCAGGUUUGGCACGGCCAGCCCAGGGACCUGUGUGAGCAGGGUGUGCUACAAGCCUGUGGAACAGUUCAUCCUGCCCAAGGCCUUUGAGGGAACGCUGCUGUGGGAGAGCCAGGAUCAGACCGGACUGACAAUCGUCAACACGUCCAGGGUCCAACUCAACGACGGCGGUGGUGUUCUCAAGCUAGGCUCAAUCGAGGAGGGUACCUUGCCUCACAGAAGCGCUCCAGGGUUCCCUGGCCUGGCUGGAGGCUUCACAUUCUCUGUCUAUGACACUGAGGCCCUGUCGGAGCUGCUUGGCGGUCGCGAGGCGCGGCUGCGUGCCCACCAGGAGGUGGUGAGGGCAGAGGACACAGCCCUGGAGGAGGAGAGCAGCCAGCAUGGGGACCUGGUCUUCGUGGACGUGGUGGACACAUACAGGAACGUGCCUUCCAAACUGCUGCAGUUCUACAAGUGGUCGGUGGGAAACGCUGACUUCAGUCUCUUGCUGAAGACGGACGAUGAUUGUUACAUCGAUGUGGACGCUGUCUUAAUGAAGAUGGACCAGAAGGGGCUGAAACGUGACAACUUCUGGUGGGGCAAUUUUCGGCAGAGCUGGGCGGUGGACCGCACAGGCAAGUGGCAGGAGCUGGAGUACCCCAGCCCAGCGUACCCGGCCUUCGCCUGCGGCUCGGGCUACGUGGUGUCCAGAGACCUGGUGGAGUGGCUGGCUGACAACGCGGGCAAGCUCAAAGCCUAUCAGGGUGAAGAUGUGAGCAUGGGAAUAUGGAUGGCUGCCGUCGGACCUCGUAAAUACCAGGACUCGGGUUGGCUGUGUGAGAAAGAGUGUUACGUGGACAUGCUGUCCUCCCCACAGCACUCUGCCGAGGACCUCCAGUCCCUGUGGGACCGCAAGCGGGCCUGUGGGGACCCCUGCGGAUGCCCCUGGGGCUACCACUGAGCCUCUCCGGGGGGGGGCGACCACCCAUCAUCCUUCCCCCUGGGGGGCCCCGAACAGACCAUCCAUCCUCCCCCCUUCAACAAAACAUCCUCUACAACACCAACACCUCCAACACCACCUCCUCCUCCCUGCACCCUCCCUCCAUCUCCUACCUACCUACCCAGUAUCACCACUGAUGCUUUCUUUUCUUCACUCCGAUUCACUGUGGAUCAUGACCUGAGAUGACCGAGCUCUGCUCCUCCUUUGAAGAAUGUUCCGGGGGCUGUCCCUGCACUCUGAGGGAUAGGAAAAGUUCUUAGAUCAGCCGAGCGGAAUGGCUGCUGGAUUGUGAGAGAUGGCUGGCCGACGAGCUGGCCGGGGUCGAGAUGCGGACUGCAGGCCGUGGGCUGCUCAAUUUUUUUCACCCGUCAGCCCGACAGCCUGUCUGCUCACUCAGCGUUUAAAGAGAUAAUUAUUUUAUGUUGGGGGACAAAAAAAAGAGAAAUGUUUCCGUGGGAUACUGAGGUGUCUGGCUGGGAAGAUGAAAGGCUUAUCUGUACUGCACCAAUGUUCACACUUCUCACUCAGAAUCCUUUGGCUACACACGUUUGACUGUUCUCUCAUUUUUUUGAGGGGCUUUUCUUUUUAAAGUUUGUGUUUUAAGUCUUGUUUAAGCUAUCCGUCAGCUCACAUGGAUAAUUCUUGGAAUUGUCACAACAUGUAUGGGAGAGAAAAAACAAUGAAAGAAAGGAGACACUUCAUUUGUGAAGCCAUCCAGCCACUCAACUAUCCUCUUAGUGCAGUCUUAUGUGUAUGUUUGAUGCUGACUUCAAGCGACUGAAAACCUAAAAUUGGAUUUCUUCAGCCCCAUCUCGUCCUCAAAAAGCCUCCGCUUUUCAAAAUUGACAAUUACAUAGCCCUGUUUCAGUGCUCGGAAUGUAACAAGAGGGGUAGCAAAUUACUUAGAAGCCACCGCAUAUUUUUACACUGAACAAAUAUCAGAGCGGCUGUCAAAUUUGAAACACUCUCGGUUGAUGGACUAAUGUAAUACACUGGAUUUUACGCAAGGCUUUCUAAAUGGAUUCGUAACGAAACAAAAGUAGCACAACAUAGUCAUCUGUGUUUUUUCAAAUAUAUACAGUAUAUAUAUAUAUAAAUAUACAGCAUCUCCGAGCGGAAUAUUAGAAAGCACCUGUGAUUGUGUUUGAACUCCGAGUCCAUCUUGUCACAUCAGACUUUUCAUCAAAGAUAUAAAAAGAUCAAAAAUCAAUUAUGUAUGGCAACGUUUUUGACCGCGCUUGGUGUACUCGUGGGCUUAUAACUUGGUUCUUGUUUCCAGACUUCGGUCUGUACUGUGUGUGUGCCAUGGGAUUGCUGUCAGCAAAUAGAGUGGAGACGCACGCUGUGCAGGCUGUCAGCUCUCUCUUCUUCUAAUCAAUAAAGCUUUUUUUU